AAUGGCUUCAACAAGAAAAAAAAACCACCCCAUGCAUGAUAUCUUUGGUGAUUUCAAUGAUAUUUCCUUAGAAGAUUCAAAGAUGGAAAAAAUAAAAAACUUGAAUAUCAGUAGGCAUCUUACCAAAAGAGCUUCCAGUCAUAGCAGAUUUCUAAAAAGAAGCCAAACUACGGGUGAAGAACACUUAUUCCCAAAAGAGGAUGCUGGCCUGGGGAGUGGGCCCUGGUUAUCCUCAGGUGGACCCCCUACUACUGCCUCAAAGCUCAGGACCAGCACUGCACUUAGGAAGCUAGCCCAGAUCGAAUCCAGGAUCAUGAAUCGGAAGGUACAGAUGGACCUGUCUGACAUGGAAUCCAACCCAAAGACCUCCAAGGACAAUCUUCCCAGGAGAGCAGACAAAAUUCCUCCUAGGAGUACAGUUGCACUUUCUUCACAGAAUACAGACAAAAUCUCCCACAAGCAGGCCUGUGAAAUUCCUGUCACUGAGAGCAACAUGUCAAGCGGGAAGGUCAGUAGGUUUCUAAAGAAGAGAGAGCCACCUGUUGAGAAGCUGUCCCCUGAAGCCCAUUUUGGGAAAGAGAGAAAUUUUUCAAUACCCAAAGAAAAAGAACCUAUUAGAAAAUUGGAUUCUCCAGACAGUGAUGAAGAGGAAAUGAAAGAGUUUCUGGGAAGCUUGAUGGAAUCUUUUAGAGAAAAAGAAACCCGCAGGAAUCAGGGUAUCACCAGUACCAGAGUCAGUGAGAAAGAACAAAUAGAACUAUUCUCGGAUCAGAUCCCAAUUCAACCAAAACUCCUUUCACUACCCAGUGAGGAACUUUUCAGCCCAAAGCCACUUGGAACAUCACAUCUGCCAACCUUCCAGUCAGCAGACCGGACUCUUCGCAGCGUGCACUCAAGAGCUCGCUCCCCACAGACUCACAUUCCAGGGGACACAGCAUCCAAUACGGUGUCAUCACUUUCCAUCACCAGCGCUGUGUCAAAGUCAGUACCCUUGAGGAUGGCACAUGGCAGGCUCUCGUCCUCUCCCAUAAGGAGUGAGGCCAGGCCUGGGGAGGAGUCGCUCUCAGAAGACUCGGACAACAGCCUAAAUGAUUUUAGAAUAAAUAUUUUAUCCCUUGAUGAUCUGGCUCCAAUUGUCAGUAAGAAAUCAGACUUGGAACAGAAAAAAGGAGGUCAGAAGGAAAAGGCAUCCCGCAAAAGCCCCUGGGCCAGGGGCCCCCCGACUGGCAGCGAGAUCUCAGAGCAUCUGAGUGAAACAUCAGCCUCCUCUGCUGGGCCCCAGCAUGCUUCCAGCCUGGGGCCGACGUCUGAGGAACCUGUGGCCAGCGUGAUGAGCUUGGCUUAUUCGGAAGAUUUUGAGAAAUCCCCAACUCUGACAGCAUCAGAGUCAACAACCCGUUCUGAGGAGUCUUUGAGCCUGAAGACAGACCAUCCCCCACCAACAUGUACAUCUCCGAAAAAGUGGACCCGGGGUGUUACAAGAGUCAUGGUGAAGGAGAAGGCUGUGCAGACCCUUGACCCCACUUUCACAUACCAGUGGACGAAGGAAACUGGUAUGGCAACCAUCGGGCCAGCUCUGGGAGGUGCCUACGUGGACCCCGCACCCAUUGCCAGUCAUGUUAUCAGCGCAGAUGCAAUAGAAGCCCUGACAGCUUACAGCCCAGCUGUGUUCGCGCUCAAUGACAUGCUUAAGCAGCAGUUGAUCCUGACACAGCAGUUCAUUGAGGCCAGCCGGCAUCUGCAUGGGUCCCUCCUGCAGUCCCUGGACCGAGACUCGUUCCACUACCACACUCUGGAGGAAGCCAAAGAGUACAUCAGGCACCACAGGCCCGCUCCACUGACCAUGGAGGAAGCUCUGAAGGAGGUGAAGAAGGAACUGUGA